CCAUGCAUAAAUGAACUAUGUACAUACCACAUUUAGCACUCUGAUAACGUCUCCAUGGCUCAAGUGACUCCACUCGGAGCCGGCCUAACUCCAGGCGACAACCCCCACAUCAUUAGGCCCACAAAGCGCCCCACCAUCCUCGUCCCUCUCUGCAGCCUCGUCUUCCUCAUCGGCUUCGUCAGCUUCCUGGUUUUGGUCAUCUAUUUUAUGAUCACCAGGGAUCCCACACUCCCCAAGUUCAAGGUCGAAUCGGCCACCGUGACCCAACUCAACAUAGAAGGCUCCAAGUUAACCGCCACGUGGGACUUCACUCUCCUUGCCACCAACCCUAGCCGCAAACUCGAACCCUACUACAGCCGUGUCCAGGCCGGGGUCCGCUACCAGGAUGGGUACCGCGAUGUUUACACCCUCGUGAAAAAGCCGUUCCCUUCGUUUGUUCUGAGCCGGAGGAACCAGACACGUGUCGGUUUGAGACUCGGAGUGUGGAGGCAACCGGGGAGGCAAGUGGCGCAGGGAAUCUCCGGCGAGAGGAAGAGUGAGUUGGUGAGUUUCGGAGUCAAACUCCUGGCUAAGGUGUGGUUUGAGUACUCUAGGAUAUUGCCGGCGGAACGAGGUUGGCUGCUGGUCUCCUGCGAUAGGGUUGAUUUUGAUUUUUCCGGGAAGAAUGGGACCGGCGAAAUGACGAGUCGGUCUGGGCAGUGCGAUAUUGACUACUACCCAAUACUUCCCUUGGGUAGUACUAUCAGUAAGGAUGAGUUGGCAAAUGCUAUAUAGCUUGAGGUCGGUUCUGACCACCAAUGCAUCAACGGAUGUUUAAUUUCUUUUUAGGUUUUAGAUUCUUGUAUGGCACCGGUAAUUUAAUUUCUUUUUAUUUACUGUGGAUUUGGGUCAUUAAGUAUGUCUUUUUUGAGUUUCUUCUAUUUCAGCUUCUACCUUGAAUUUUUCCAGCUGUUUCUCAUGAUGCAUGAUGAAAAAUAUACAUUGUUUAGUUUAACAACAUAUAUACAAAGUCUUAUGACUGAG